UGGAGUCAGAAGAUUGGCCAACGUCACUGCGCCAGCUGCCCCUGUUUUUUGCGGCAGUCAUGUCGGAUAUCAGGUGAAAUUAAGUCAGCAGUUGGAAGCAGAUCAGUUGCAGCUCAGCCAGCAGGAUGACAAGAAUCAGAAAGCAGUCAGUCAAUACCUAAAGCAACUACAGUCCUUCAAAUCUUCCAGUCACAGUCACGAGUCACCAUCCCAGCAGCCUCUAAGAAAGAAAAGUGUCGACUUAAUGGAGAGAAAUAAGAAAACCCUUUCCCUGUUUAUUCUGCUGCCUGUGCUGCUGCUCUGCAGAAGUGAUGAGUGUCCCAGCCUGCCACAGAAUCUCACUUGCUACACUGACUACAAUAAAAUCAUCACAUGUUUGUGGAACAGCAGAUACAUGUCUGAUGGCACUGCAUGCACGAUACAUGCUCAAUAUAAAUCUCGACGCCUUUCUUACAGCGCUUCCUGUGACCUAAAGCCUGUUGACGUCUCCAGACCAGCCCUGAAGAAGUGCUCCCUGAUCUUUAAAACUGAAUACACUUUUCUGUCUUCCCAUGAGUUGUCCCUUAAUCUGAACUGCAACCAAAUGAAGAGUGUAAUUACUUUCUUCAAGCCAUCCUGUCAUAUAAAGGUGAAUCCUCCUGCGGAGCCAAAGGUCAACUUCACCUCUGUUUCCUGGUUGUCCCAAGUCCACAAACAUGAAAGGAUCAGUUCAUACAGAAGUGAACUGCAGUGGAAGAAGCAGGAUCAGUCAUGGAGUGAUCCUGCUGUGGAGAAAAAACUUGGCAUUCAGUGUGAGCAGGAGUGCAAGGCAGAGCUGGAGCCAGAUUUGAUGAUACAAGGCGAGAGGUACGAGGCACGAGUUCGUGUGCGGUCUGUUAAACCUCAACCCGAGGGAGCCUGGAGUGACUGGAGCCCCACUGCAUCAUGGGAGUCACCUGUAGGGACAAUAAAACCACCAUCAGGUAUUACGUUUGUUGUGCCUGUAACGAUAGUCGGUGUGGUGGUGUUGCUGGCAGGCCUGAUCUUAAGCACUCACAAAACCACCCGGGUUUACAUAGUAAAGAAAAUCAAAGGUCCACCCAUACCAGACCCAGGAAAAUCCUUCCUGCGAGAAAUCCAGAGUGGGUUCACCAGUGAAUACUUUCACUCCUUCUUGAAACCAGUGGAAAUGAUCACUGUAGAAUUAACCUCGCCUGUGGAUGCUGUUGUGGCCUACAAGCCAGAUGAGAAGAUGGUGUUGAACAAAGGCAGCUAUGACUCCACCAGCUCCAGCUUCUCUAACCCAAGUUACUCUGAGCUUUGUAGCCCUCCUCCUAUUUCCUCACUCACUGCUGGGAAUCUGAAGCCCUGUGCGGCUGACACGCCUUAUGGCCCUGUUGGUGCUCAGGGUGAAGGAAAAAGCACAGAACAGAAAAGCGAUGAAGCGAGAGAGAAAGAAAAGGAGACGUUAAUGUUGCUGCUCAAAGGCAGCAGCAACAGAGAGCCAGUGCAGGUGAUUUCAGACUACGAGAAAACUGAGAGGCUCGACAAUGAUCGAUUUAGGCUCCAGAGUCUAGAUUCAGGCAUGUGCAGUUGUGAAGAGGUCAGUGAAGAGAGCAUGGAGGCAGAUAGCAUCAAUAUGACUGAUAGCCAUGAUGAGGAACCUGAGGGUGAGGAAGAAAAGGAGGGAGGGAACGAACAAAAGGCAGAUUUUCAGAGGCUGUUUGGAAGCAGUGGAGGUGUGUUUGGCAAGUUUAUUCAGGUUUGUUCUGAUUAUGAGCGAGUGGAGAAACAGCAGGCUGACAGCCCGGAGCUUCCCAGCUUGGACUCAGGUGUUAGCAGUGGGGGAGAGGAGCAGCUGAGUCAGGAUGAGGGCAUGGAGGAUGCUGAUAAGUCCACUGAAUCUACACGCUUCCUGUUUCCACCUCAUCCUCCCAGUGCUUUACCAUGCUCCCUGCUCUCUUUUCCACAACUGCCUCUGAACUUGCCUGGGCCACGUCUGAGUCCAGCUUUGCACCUCCAGCCAGGUCACAUGACACAGGGGUUUGCUCUGACGUCAGCAGGCAGGUCGGUGGAGCCCUCUGGUGAUGGAUAUAUGCCAGUGAAACAGGAGGAGGGCUGAGAACAGACAGCAGGCUCAACUAGCAGGACAAAAUAGCAUGUAGCACUUGGAGGAGGCAUCGCAGCCAGUCAGUUCUCAGGAAAAUGUAACAUCACAUAAAUCUUUAUCCACUUCACGUUGUUCAGCAGCACUGGUGGUAAUAUUCAUGAAUGUAUUUUGUUUUAUCUCUUAUAUUUAUGCAAAAUUAUUUUUCAUAUGUCAGAAUUGUGCACUAUAACUGUUCUUUUAAAAGUGAAUUAUUACAUCAGAUAUUACUACUGUUAAAAGAGAAAUGCGUUAUCUAAUGAAAAACUAAACUCAAAUUAAUAAUAAUGUGGUUAUAAUAAUAAAACCGAUUGGAUUCAUAUUGUGGUUUUAGUGAGAUCAUCUAAAUGGCAUGUAGUUUAUUGUACUGAAAUAAAUGUUGGUAAAGGAAUGUAAGUUCCAGAUAGCUGAGAUAGUUGUGUUAUCUGUAUAGUGUGUGAACUGAUGUCAUUUAGAGGGUAUCAUGAUAAUCACAUAUUAACUAUAAUCAGGAUAUUUGAAGAUGUAAUGUGUAGAACAGGUCAGUAAUAACAUUACUGACCUAUGUAAGAGCUUGCAUUUGUUUUUUAAAAAGAAUUUUAUUUUUGUAUUUUCAAUAAAUAUACAUCUGUAAUGGAAUGGAAGUAGUUUCCAUUAUUGUUCUGAUCUUGGUGUCCCUGUAUGUUGUUGACCAUCAUGUCAAUCGUAAAAUAUGUUGUUUACUGUGAUGAACUUCACAGUAAAAUAAAUGACAAGU